AUGGGAGAACCAGACGGGCCCACCCCAGAUCCAGCGAAUGAGAGGCGCGUCCGAGACGAACCGCACAGCACUCGUAACAUCUCGAGGUUUACUGCUCCCAAACCACGCAAUCCCACUUUCCCAACUUCGCGAUCCGACUCAGCACUGAUCUGUGGACGUGCCUUCUCGACGGUCGACGAUUCCACAUCCGCCCCGGCGCCGCGACUCUACGAACCCUCACCGAGCAAUUAUCGCACCAAUUGCUUUGGAGUCGACGCCCACAGCGGGACGAACAUCGGUGGCGUGGAAAUCACGAACUUGAUUCCAAGCGGUUCUCUGUCGUCGCACCACGCGCACGACUCCAAGAUGGACGACGGCCAGAUCCCGGAGCAUUACUACACAUACGACGGCCGGCUGGCUUCGUUCCAGUCCGUGCAGCCCGUGUCCGGACGCAAGUCCACCGCGAAAAACAAGGGCCCAAAGGCGCUGGCCUGGCCACACAAGCGCAUCGAGCCGACGAAUCUUGCGCGCGCCGGUUUCUACUUCGAUCCUACACCCGAGCAGCCUGACAAUGCCGUGUGCUUCCUCUGUCAGAAGCGCAUUGGCGGCUGGGAGGACGGCGAUGACCCCGUCGAGGAGCAUGUGCGCCUAUCGCCAGGCUGCGGCUGGGCCAUCGUCACCGCUAUCGAGUCAAGCCUCGGGGAAUAUCAUCUGGACGACCCGAGUCACCCAGACAUGAUGGAGGCGAGAAAGGCUACUUUUGGCAGCAGAUGGCCGCAUGAGGGGAAGCGAGGAUGGAAAUGCAAGGUCAAGCAGAUGGUCGAUGCUGGCUGGAAGUACACUCCUACCCUCGACUCGGAUGAUAUGGCGACCUGCACCUACUGCCAACUGGCUCUAGACGGCUGGGAGCCUUCCGACAAGCCAAUGAACGAGCAUUACAGACGAUCCCCCGAGUGCCCCUUUUUCAGACUGAUCGACCAGUAUCAGCAAGGCCCAACGAAGAAAACUGCCAAGGGCAAGGGAACUAGAACUUCCAAGGCCUCCCGCCUAUCCUCUCAGUCCGUCGCAACAUUUACAUCGGAAGCCCCCUCGACUCUCGAACAGUCUGCCGACCACGACGACAGCGUCAUGACCACGACCUCGGUCGUGACGGCCGGCGGCACCAAGCGUGGCCGCGCCAAGAAGGCAACAACAGCAAAGGGCAAGAAAACCAGGGCCAAGAAAGAGGAGCCGGUUGAAAUCCUGGAAGACCCGCCCGAGGAAGAGCUGCCGCCGCCCCCUCCGCCCAAGCCAACCAGAGGCCGCAAGCGAGCUAGUGACGCAGUUGACGAUUCUGUCUUGACGAAUGCUGAGGCGCCUGCACCCAAGAAACGGGCCACGCGAGGCCGCCCUAGUAACACGGUUAACUCGUCUGUGAUUGAGCCACAGGGAGAGCAGGAUAUGGUCGACGAUUUCCCUGCACCACCUGCGAAGACAGCGAAGAAGAAAGGCCGGCCCUCGAACACUCGUAAGACGAGGAAGGCCUCGACAGCGUCUACUGCAUCAUCUGCAUCACUCCCCGAACAUGAACAGGAUCUGCCCAACGACGAAGAGCUGGACCGCCAACUUGAAGCAGACCUCGAUAGGCCCUUGUCUGACGACGAUAUGAUUGCUGCGGACUCCGAUGCCGAGAGGAAGAAAGCUCCUAUCAAGGGCAAGGGCAAGAAGGCUACGUCCAAAAAGACUACCAAGUCCACCGUCGAGCCAUUAUCAGAAGACCAUGCAAUGUUUGACCCUACACCCGCUGAGAUCAAUGAUGCGGAUGUAUCUGCUGAACUAAAGGAGCUUCGAGAGAGGAUGGCAGCUGAAGAGCAAAUGUCUUUAGAGGUUCCCAAGAAAGGGCGCAAAGCUGGAACACGAAAGGUAUCGAAGCAAACAAAGGCUCAAAAGGCCCAAGCAGCCUCCGAAGCGCCGGCGGAGCCAGAGUCAGAGGUUGACGCUGAACCUGCUACGGUCAUUGAGGACGCUCCAGCACCGACGGAACCCGUUCACCAGCACGACGUCAGUAUUGCUAGCAAUGCCACUGUUCUUAAAAGUUCAACAACUGCGGCUCCUGCGCCUAAGAAGCGUGGUCGCCCCAGGAAGAAUAGCACUCAACCAAAGCCUCAAUCUGCGGUCGAGGAGGUGCCGCCCCAAGAAAUACAGACUUCUGAAGUGGACUUUGCCGACCCUCUGCAGAACGCCGCGACUCCUCGACCUAGUAUUGCACCCGCAAAGAGAAAGAAGUCUCUGCCGCCACCUCCCGCCCCUGACGACGAGCUUCAAGCCCCAUCAACCCCUGGUGCUGCAAGCAUCGCACCAGCUCAAGCAGCGAAGCAAUCAACAGUCUCACCAUCUCAGUCACCUCAGUCCUCUGACGCGGAGAAUCAACCCCCUUCAUCCAAGCCGUCGAACACUGCAUCUUCCACACGUGUGGCUUUAGCUCCCGUCGCUUCAACCCCAGUCCGAUCUUCACCAUCGAGGCGCAAUAAUAACUUGCUAGGGGGGUUGCAGAGCAAUCAGCCAUGGGCUCCUGCGGAUAUUGAGAUGAUCUUUGAGGACCUGGACAAGGAAAAUGCAGUUCCCUCCUCAGACCUCCUCAAGGGAUUGCAGCUGUCUAGCCCGGAGAAGAAGAUGACUGUGGAAGAAUGGAUCUAUCACAAUGCUGGUCUCGCAGAGCAAAAGCUCAAAAUCGAAUGCGAGACCAUGGUCUCCAAGUUUGAGAGUGAAGGUGGACGGGCCAUGAGGUCAUUGGAAGAGUUGAUUGUGGAAUGA